UCUACCUCUCUCCAAAAUCAUGGCCCUGAAACCUCUCGUGAUUCUUGUCUUUGUUGGUGCGAUGGCAUUAAUGUCAGUUGCAGAGGCACAAAAUACAGUUGGAAUAGUGCACGUCAAUGGGACUUUGUAUUGCACCGCAGAUGGCAGUCCUGGCCCCAAUGAGACUGCAACCCCUGUUUUCUCGAAUGCUGCGGUUCAAGUUGCCUGCUCCAACGACGUGGUGUUCAACUCACCUUCAAACGCCACAUCCAAUGGUAAUGGUGUGUAUCUGGUGGUGCUGCUUCCUCGGCCCAGUCCCAGUAUUGUGGCUUCAGUUGUCUCCAAUUGCCGCCUCUUUGUUCGAACGCCCUUGUCCACCUGCAACCCUUCCCUGCCAUCAGCUGCCCUGGUAUCCAGCUUGAGGUUCGUUAGGAGCGUGCAAGUUGGGUUUGCGUGGAUCACCUACAUGGUUGCCACAGGUUUCACACUGCAAGCCUGAUUUCAUGGUCCAUAUAUUGUUAUUACAUCAAAAGUAGAUGAUCCUGAGAAUAAAAGGAUGCUAUUGUGUUAAUUUGUAUAUAGUAAUGUAGUGUCACUGCUUUAUUGUGUUAGUAACUGAUGUUGUAAUGUUGAGUUAAUGUUUUGUAUAAUGUUCGAUUCAUACAGAUUUUGUAUAUUUUGGUUUUGAUAAUUCGAAUUUAUUGCUGUAUCAA